GGAUGGGGACCGCGGUGCCCGGCGCCCCCUUCUCGCCCGCUGUGUCUGCGUCGCUCCGCACACAGAGUCCGCCUGCGGCAGCGUUGCUGAACCUCCGGGCAGAGGUUGUUGCUGUGGACCAGAGGAUGUGGAGGCACCUACUGAACAGAGCAUUUCUGUAAGAAUCUCAAAAUAUAAGAAACCCAAGUCAGUUUUGGCUACCCAGAAUAGCCACCCCUGUGAGAGUUGUGGACCAGUCUUGAGAGACAUUUUCCUCUUGGUUGACAAUCAGGAAACACAGCACAGCUCAACACUGCUGAGAUGUGGGAGAUGUGCAAAACCAUUUUAUUUCAAUGCACAGGGUCACCAGCACCAGGAGCAGUGGGACACGACAAAGAAUUGUAUCUUAAGUAAUGUGGACAGAGUUUCACUUACAGAGAGCCACAAUUUCCAUAUGUCAUGGAAGCCUUGUACUUCUACUCAGGUUGGAAAGUCCUUCCUCAUCAGCUCAGGUCAUCUCAGGCAAAUGGCUACUCACACCAUGCAUAGGGCAAACAAAAUCUCUAAGUCUGGAAUGACUUUUCAAAGCAGAAAACAUUACAGCCAAAGAGAAUGCAAGAAAGCCAUCGGCCAUGAUCACACACUUGUUGAGAACCACAGAUCCCUUACUGGAAGACAUUGUUUUUUGUGUUGUGAAUGUGGGGAAUCUUUUACCCAUAGUUCUGCCCUCCAUAAUCAUCAGAGAGUUCACAAUGGAGAGAGACCAUAUGAGUGCAGUGAAUGUGGAAAAUCUUUUACCAGUAGCUCUGACAUCUGUGAACAUCACAGAGUUCACACUGGAGAAGGGCCUUAUGAGUUUGGCCAACAUGGAGUAUCUUUUGCCAGUAGGUCUGACCUACAUAAGCAUCACAGAAUUGACGCUGGAGAAAGACCUUAUGAGUGCACUGAAUGUGGAAAAUCUUUUUCUUGUAGUUCUGCCCUUCGUUAUCAUCAGAGGGUUCACACUGGAGAAAGGCCUUAUGACUGUGGUGAAUGUGGAAAAUCUUUUAACAGUAUUUGGGCACUUCAACGUCAUCACCGAGUUCACACUGGAGAAAGACCUUAUGAGUGUGGUGAAUGUGGAAAAUCUUUUAACAGUAGUUGGGCACUUAGGCGUCAUCACAGAUUUCACACUGGAGAAAGGCCUUAUGAGUGCAGUGAAUGUGGAAAAACUUUUCACAUUAGCUGGGACCUUCGAUGUCAUCACAGAGUUCACACUGGUGAAAGGCCUUAUGAAUGCAGUGAAUGUGGGAAAUCUUUUUCCAGUAGCUCUGCCCUCUAUAAACAUCAGAGAAUUCACAUUGGAGAUAGGCCUCAUGAGUGUGGUGAAUGUGGAAAAUCUUUUACCAGUCGCUCUGAGCUCCGUAAACAUCACAGAGUUCACACUGGAGAAAAGCCUUAUGAGUGCACUGAAUGUGGAAAAUCUUUUAAUCGUAGCUAUGCUAUUCGUAAUCAUCAGAGAAUUCACACUGGAGAAAGGCCAUAUGUGUGUGGUGAAUGUGGAAAAUCUUUAACAUGUAGCUCUGCCCUCCGUUAUCAUCAGAGAGUUCACACUGGAAACAGACCUUAUGAGUGUGGUGAUUGUGGGAAAUCUUUUUUCAUUAGCUCUGCCCUUCGUUAUCAUCAGAGAGUUCACACAGGAGAAAGGCCUUAUGAGUGCAGUGAAUGUGGGAAAUCUUAUACCAGAAGCUCUGCCCUCUAUAAACAUCAGAAUUCACACUUGAGGAAGGCCAUAAUAGUGCAGUGAAUGUGGGAAAUGAAUAUACUUGUAGCUCUGCCUUCCAUUGUUAUCAAUGCAUUCACACUGGGUAAAGGCCUUAGGAAUGCACUGAGUGUAGGAAAUUACCACAAUUCUGAUUUCUGUUGUCAAAGAGUUCACACUGGAUAAAUGCUUUAUGAGUGCACUGAAAGGGGGGAAUCUGUUAUCUGUAGCAGUCACCUUUAAUGGCAUCCGAAUUCACACAAAAAUGUUUUAUGAACGUGGUGAAUAUGGGAAGUCUUUUUAUUUGUUAGCAUUAACCUUCAUUGUCAUCAGAGAGUUCACACUGGAGAAUGGCUUUAUGUCUGCAGUGAAUGUGGGAAAUGUUUUUCUUCUAUCAGUGAUUUACACUAUUUUGAGAGACGUUACAUGGCAGAAAUGCAUUUUGAGUUGUGUGAAUAUGGGGUAUAUUUUACCAGUCACCAUUGCCUUUGUUGUCGUCAUUAGAGAAUUUACAAUUUAAGUUCUAAGAAAAUUUGGGAAAUCUUAAUUUUUUUAUCCAUUCCUUUUGUUGUCUUCUGAAAAGUCACACAGGAGAAAGGUUUCACAUAUACAUGUAAUAUAAGAAAUUUUUUUUCUUGUAGCACUAGCCUCUUAUAUUCAGAGAUUUCACUCUGGUGAAAGGCCUUAUGAAUACAGUGAAUGUGAGACAUUCUUUUUCUGUUCUUUCUUAUCAUCAGAGAGUUUACGUAGGAGAUAAGCCUUACGGUGACAUCAAAUAUUGGAAAUCGUUUUUCUCAUAGUCAGGGCCAGCCUUAGCACAGUUCACACUGGUUAAAGGCUUCAAUGAUGAAGUGAACAUCAAAAAUCUUCAACUAUAAGUACAUACCCUUUCGACAUUGUGACGUGUCACUGUGUUAAUGGUUAGAUUUUAAGAAAUGUUUUGUUUUGUUUUUUUCAGUGUAAUGACACUAAAGAAAGCUUUCUCAGGACACGUCUGAGUUUAGUUUUAUAUGUUCACAGUGCAGACAUUCUCAGAAGUUUAAUGUAUAAAUUUUGAAGAACCUAACAAAAGAAUUUCUACUAAAUGUGCUUUUAUGCAUUAUUACUCAUAGUGUAUGUUGGUUGCAUUUCCUCACUCUAAGAAAAUGUUAGUUUAAUAAAUGUAAAUGUUAGCUCUUUCCAUAUGUUCCUCAUGUUAUUUUAGUUGCAUUUCCCUAAGGAUUUAUGAUGAGCAUUUUUACAGCUGUGUAUGUAUUACUGUUUUUAGUAAAAUGUAUACUCUGUAAUUUACCUUUUCUUUUAGUGCCACUAUUUGUAAAGAAGAUUAGCACAAAUUAAUAGCAUGGAGUGAAACAACACAGAUGUAUGUUGUAAUGUUAUCCAUUUUCACUCCUUGAAAUUUUUUGCUUUAUGGAAUAAUUUUUUGGAAUAAUUAUUUGAAAUAUUGGAAAACAUUUCCAAAUUUGGAUUUUCUGCUGUAUACAAUGUAGUAGGUACAUAAUAUAUACUUUAAGGAAUAAUCUACAUUAUUAACACAUUUCAUCACUUUUGUAAAUUCAAAAUAUUUCUAAUAUAAUAAAAAGCCUUGCUUUUUAGUGUUCACCCAUUUUUAUGGUUUACUGCUUGGUUCGCUGGUCUGGAGGAGGACUUCAAUGUGCACUGCCACUGGGUGGUAUGAGUAUGAACAAGUAUUUGUUGAACCUCUAUGUACUCCC